ACGUGCCCGCGUGCCCCAAUGCUGUUUUUACUAUGAAUACUCGUAAUAGCUUGCCCCCGCUGUCAAAGCCCGACACAACACAGGUGAAGUCGUUCCCUCCUGCGGCCGAGUUUUCCGUCUGUGUACAUUUCAGCGCGUGAGCACGAGCUUCAGCUGGUUUGGAGUCCUUCUCAGUGAUACAUUUCAUUCUCACGGACGGUUGUACAUUUCUCUACGAACACAAAACGAAACAUGCUUGCCGAUCGCGACGACGAGGCUCGAUUGCAAUUGGCAACUCAGGUUUCCAUGGAGACCAACCAGAUGACUCCAUUAAUCAAGGAGGAGUUACGCCUGUCAAUCAUAAAGAAACGGCACGCGAGUGGUCAAGAAGACAUAAAGGUUGAAUUCAAGGACGCCGAGAAGCAUGAGCUCACGGCUUAUGAGAAACAGAAACGCGAGAGGCGGAGGGAGCAAAACAGAAGAGCCGCACGGAGAUGUCGGGAGAAGAAGAAGCUACAGCAGUGCGGGGACACACAGUAUUUCACGAACAUCAUCGACCAUAACAGUGAACUGCAGACACAGGUCAAAGCGCUCCGCAGGGAGAAGAUAAUCCUCCAGGAUCUUCUCAAUGAUCACAUCUCCUCCGGAUGCUGUCGCCAGGUUAAACUUGAAAACGAGGCUAUGCCUGGUGACCCCGUGACCCCUGACAUCAGAGCCGCCCUUACCCCGCGCCCGCUUGAAGUUCCCGGAAACAUUGAGACCAUACCCGGCGUAAACGUAGGACCGCCCGACAACACUCUACCGUCGUUUUCCCAAACCUUCCUUGAAAACGGUUCUCCUAUAUUGGUGAACCAAGACACCUUCCAGUUCCUUUCCGCCAUUCAAGACAUGCGCACUGGCAGUUCACCCGCCAGAACCUGGUCUGGGACAUCUGAUGACGUCACCCCUUCGGAAACUCUACCGGAAGCCAUCUUCGACGCCUUGGAUCCUUUGGCCAAUGACGAUGUAUUUUACGACAACGACCAGUUUACGACAAAGAAGACGAACGAUGAAGCCAUUGCUGAUCUGAUGGACAGAUGCCAGGAUCUCGUCGAUGGAGAAUUCUUCCUACAAGCAGAUACAUUUCAGGAUCUGAAUGCGUUUGAUCCAAACGAGCCGUGAGAGACCUCGCCAUCACAACGACCACUACCACACAGUGAACGCCCACACAACAAGACGUCGGAACUCUCCUUGUCAAGGCCUACUCCCCAAACACACACACUUCAGGGGAACUGACUUCUUCAAGUCUUCAACCGCCACUCUCAGUAUCCUGUUGAUAACUUCCAUUUGAGAUAAAUAUUUCAUUAUUUAUCAUAACAUUAUACCAAAUGGAUUCAUAUGUUUUUCCAAAAGACAAAUGGUGUUAUCAGCAAUUGAGUUAUUGUGAGUUAAAACAGGUGGUUAACUACUGUUUGAUACAGGAAGUAACGUAUAAUUGUUUCAACAAUUCAGUUUCAAACCAUCAAAAAAUUGACAAUUGGCGUGAUGAAAUUUACAACUGUUUUACGCAACUCAACACUUUAACGCGAGUCGCGCUUUUGUAAAUAUGUUUCACUUAAAAACGCUCAACUUCAACAACCCAUUCCAUUCAGUUAUUUCCUUCAUCUGAAUUAACCAACAUACAUCCGAUCUGAUCGUUAUUGUCUGUUUGAGAAACUGUGCCAACCUCUAAAUGCAGGUAGAAUCAAAGUAUUUCUUGGUUUCAUUUGUGCACGUUAAAUACAUCAUUGUACCAAGGUAACCAGUAUUCGCAUCACCAUCGGCCAAAAGAGUUCACAAAAUUAUACCUAACUGAAAUUAAACCAUUCAUAUCAGAUCAAAGGUCACCGUUGCAUAUUUCCAGUACAAUGUAAUAAUUUUACAUAUGUCCAACCGCUUUAUAUCGGGGUGGAGUGGGAAGUGGCUGGUUUUUUUUAAACAAAUAAUUUGU